AUGUGCCCGCAAUACUCCAACAAGAGGCAAUCAAGCCGAACUCUGGGUGACCCUGGCAGUGGUGGUAUCGCUGACUUGUAUGAUGUCAUUGACGCUAUUGGGUUAAUGACCAUCGAUGAUGUUGACAACCUUGAAGCAAACCUCAUCAUGGACCUCGCAAGGGCCCGACACGAUGUAUUUGUAGCAGAGAAAACACUUGCGGAUUGUGUUGUCCGAGAACACGAGGUCAUGACCAAUCUUUCGAAAUAUAAGUCCGCCAUUUCUAAGCAGAAGCUUGACAAGGCGGAUGUAGGACUAGUUUCCAUGGUAAGUGCGCUGUAG